CUAGCCCGCAAUACUAUCACGUUUAUAUUUUUAAGACGACUGGAAUAUUACCAGGGCAUCUUAAUCCUGACCACUAAUCGUUAUACAAGCUUUGAUCCAGCCUUUAAGAGCAGAAUCCAUUUUUACUUGGACUAUUCCAAUCUAUGUGUGCAUACGCGAAGGACUCUCUGGAGGAAUUUCAUGGCU